AUGGUCCAACCCCUGAGGCGAGGCGUGAGGACGCUCACAUGGACACGAGUCCUCCCUCGCCAAACGCGACAACCUGCGUCAUCGCAUCGCGGAUCUCAAGCAAGAUACGUCCAGAUUCGUGCCUCGCCUACGGAGCAACCGGCCACAGUCAAUGGGGGCAACGUGCCCAUUGUUGAUACACCCAGCUCUGCGGAGUCUGCCGAUGCGCGAUUCGAUGUCAUCGGAGCACCAUACUCGUUACUAUCGGUUUCGCUUUCGGCCUCACAGAACCUCUACACACGGCGCGGAACGCUAGUUGGGUUGAGUGGCAAGGCGGACAAUGUGAUUUCGACGUUGAGUGUUCUGGAGCCCUUUCGGAGGGCUCCUGUUGGUGUGCCAUUCCUAUACCAGAAAGUCUCCUCCGCUAGUCCCGUCACUGCCUUGAUUUCCACUCGAUCUCCCGUUACAUCGUUCGCCGUUGUUCAUCUCAAUGGCUCUGUCGAUUGGAUGGUGGCCCAGAGAAGGGCGUUGCUGGCAUGGACUGGUCGCUCGCUGACUAUCCGUCCAACGAUCAACACAAGCCUGAGCAUGGCUCAUUGGGGUAGCUCCGAGGUCACCGGAAGGGGUUUGCUUGCUCUUGUUGGAAGCGGCCAACUAUACUCUGUUGAGCUGAAGGCGGGCGAGCAAUACAUUGUCCACCCUAGCAAUGUGGUCGCCUACACCGUGAGCCCCAAUCCUCCUCGCCCCUACCGCUUCAAGUCAACGACCUUGAAAUUCCAAGUCCCAGGCCUGAAAAGUCUCCCCAACUUCCUCCAAAACACACAGUUCAUCAAAGCCAUGUCGGAAACAGACUCAUGGAAAACCGCCAUGCGGAUAUUCCACAGUGUCCGUACGUGGUCGCGGAUGACAAUUUGGGGAGAUAGGCUGUUCCUUCAGUUUGACGGCCCCUCCACUAUCCUCUUACAAUCCCGCGGAUCCCGGGUCAGCGAUGUUCUAAGCACCCAAGAGGUCAAUGAACUCGCAAGCACACCUCGAGGCCUCACGAUCCUCCCUCCCAAGUCAGAGGCAAAGGACACUGACUCCGAGCAAGCCGACGUCCGCAAAGUUCCUGGCUCAAGGACGGUGGAUGAAAUUGAACAAGAGAUCAAGGGUGUCUCUCAGAGUAUCGCUGUCCUGACAAAGGAUGGGAAGGUCACAUUCGAGAAGCCGGGACAAUCAUAG